GCAAGAAAGUCCGAUCAACGGUUGACCAAAACAUUGAGAUUAUAUUUAUGUCCAAAGUGGAAAGCUGCGUGCUAAAACCAUAAAGCUCUGCGUUCUCUCACUCCAAGCACUGCUAUAAAAGUCGAAGGAGUUAGGGCAAAAAAAACCAAUCACUGAGUAUUGGGAAUGCUUCCGCUGAAACCCCAAGAGCCUAUUUAAGUAGCUGUGUUUCUCAUAUUGAGUUUAUCAGCUUCAAACCUUCCAUUAUGUGAUAGAUCCAGUGGGUAGCAGUGUAUACCAUAAGCUAACUAAGAGAGUGCAUUUUAUGUAAGAUAUUUACAAUCAGAGGAGUCGAGAUCUUACUGAGAACAAGGAACGGCACUUUUAAGCCUCGAUGAUGAUAUGUCGUGGAAUCGGCUUGAGGAAGAUAGGAUACCGAAAUGUUGUACGACUGAUGGUAUAUAAUAUCAACUGGCCGGAGGUGAGGAGAAGUCCGCCGACAAUAGCUGCGGGACAAGAUGGCACCUUUAGUAUACAUCGCUCCCGAAAAACGGCGCGUGCAAAGUCAUUUUUGCACACCACAAUUACUAUUGCAAAGCGUCGCAAACUACAACUUCAUAUCCAUAUUGGCAAAAGACUUUGAAAAACGUGACAAUUUAAAGCUUGAAGGUCUCGCCGAAGGCAUACCCGACAAGUCAGAGUCUCUUUUAGUGUUUAACACAACACAUGAUUUUUUCUUUGCCUCAGCUGACAAAGAAUCUCCUUUGGAGAAAUAGGCGUUUCUUCUCCAUUGCU